AUGCCGCCUGCCGAGCCCAAGCGCAGGGAGCACGACGCCGACCCCCCGGCUCGAGACGGCCCCGAGCGCGAACGAGGAGAUCGCGAGAGAGAAAAGGGCGGAAAGCAAAAGUCGGCCUCGAAGACCAAGGACCUGUCCCAUGUGCCCUGCAAAUUUUUCAAGGUCGGCUCCUGCACCGCAGGCUCCUCCUGCCCCUUCUCCCACAACAUCCUCGAGCCCGGCCAGCACAAGGAGGUCUGCGCCUGGUUCGUCAAGGGCAACUGCAAGUUCGCCCACAAAUGCGCCCUCGCCCACAUCCUCCCCGGCCAGUCCAUGUCCAUGGACCGCAAGAACAAGAAGGCCGCCCAGCUCGCCGCAAGCCCCGGCCCCAAGGACUCCAAGUCCAGGGCACACAAGCCAGCCCACCACCCCGCGCCCCCGGCCUCCCAGUCCCGCCCCUCUCUCCUCUCCGGCUCGACCGCCCCCACCCGCUCCGCCACCAUCUCUCCCUCUGCCCCCGCCCCGCCCGUCAAGGACACCGACUUUGUCUCCUUCGACCUCCCCGACGACGCCAACCAGCUCCCCAACGCCCCCGCCUACGCCAAGCCCUUCGCUCCUCCCCCCGAGCCUGCCUCGGACGCUCACCAGCAACCUGAAACGCUCUCUUCCGCCCCCGCCCCUCCAGCCGAGUCUGACCGCCCUUCUCCCGCCCCGCUCCCCACCCACGCUGCCACCGCCCCCCGUCGCAUCAGCGACGCCUCUACCCCCGCAGACUUCGGUCCCAUCGGCUCUCCUCCCCGCGCCGCUUCUUCCUCGAGCAGACCCGCCCGCGUAAACGGCUUCUCGCCCGGCACCUCUCCUCAGCGCCUCCCCAUAUCCACCUCUCCUUUCUCCGCGCCCGGCACCCAGACCAUGUUCGCCGUCUCCCGUCAUGAUGAUGGCCCUUCCGACUUCAAGUCCAUCUCUGGUCUCUCCGCCUCCCUCGGCGCCAUCAACUGGGCUUCCGACCGUCUGCCCUCGCGCAAAAUAGGCGUCGAAGAAGUCGUCGUCGAAGACGAAGACCUCGAGGAGUUCCUUCCCAGCUCUCUCAACGAUCUCCUCACCCCCGAAGAGCGAUCCCGCAGAAUGUCUCGCACCAACGCCACACGUCCCACCGUCGUCGGCAUCGAGCGCGACCCGAGCGCGCAGCGUUCCGGUUCUGACGCUCAUCACCGCUACUCGCGCUCCGUCCCUGCGCCGUCUCUUCUGCAGGACAUCAAGUCUAUUUGGUCGGACGGCGCCGCCGUUCCUAUCGGUUCUCCCGACGCGUCCGCGUUGGGCGGUGGUCACUUGGGCGGCUUGGGCAACGGUACGCCGAGUUCCUUCACCUCCAACUCGGGCCUGGGCUCGCGCACGGCCGACGACAUGCUCUCCCCGUCCAACGCGUCCGCUGCCUUCCUCCCCGGUCUACAUCACUACAUGAAUGCCAAAACCCCACGCCCCGCCAUGGUUUCAGGUCUGUCUUCCAUGUAUUCUGGCGGCAAUGGAGCCCACAUAUCCUCGAACGCGUACGGUCACGACUACAACGGCGUCGCCAUGUCCCCUCCCCACGCCAGCACUUUUGGGGCCCAUCCUCCCGAGUCCUACGUCCAGCACACCGGUCUCCGUCGGCCUGGUGCUGAUGGCUACGAGCCCAGUCACGGCGAGCAGCGCAGCGCGCUUUCUCCGUCGACCCGCGCCCUUCAGGCCCACGCUCCUGGCCAGAGUCUCCCGCAGGGUCUAGCUGCGGGCUACUCCCGCAUCCAUGCCCUCCCGCCGCCCGUCAUCCUCUCUCCCUCGUCAUCGAGCAUCAUAUCCCGGACGCCUCUCGGCGGCGGCUUCUCGCCCGGCACCAAGACGCUCGGUCAUGCGCACAACACCUCGGGCGACUGGGCGAGCAUGUCCCCCACCGCCGGCAGCCUCCUCGACCAGAUCAACAACGGCUCGCCCCAGCCCUUGGCCGCGGCGGGCAUCGGUGCUACCGGCACCUCUUUGGGUGGCCUGGAGACCAUGUUUUCUCGCCGGUCGUAUUCGGCCGCUGCGUCCCGUACCAUGGCGCCGCCGGGCAUGGGCACGCGCAUCCCCAGCGGCCGCGGCUCGCACCUGCAGGGCUCGUUGAGCCCGCUCAGCCGCCCGGUCCCUACGGGCGACGAUGAGGAUCUAUUCCAGAUGGAGUGA